AUGCCUCCCAGAUUCAAGCGACCAAGUCCUCCUCCUUCGAAGGACACCAACGCCACCACCAUCACCAAGACACCCUCACUGGCAACCAUGGAAGAACCCUCAAGUGUCGUUCCUUGUACUCCGACCUCUCUUUCUCUUUCAUCCUUCUCAAUCACCUCCCCCAGUCUUCGCAUGGUAUAUUGGUUCCGAACGGACCUCCGCCUCGACGACUCCCCAGCCCUAACGCACGCGCUAUCUCUCAACCCAACCACCUUCAUUCCCCUCUGGAUAUGGGACCCGCACUACACCCACCACCAGCGCGGCUCCAUCAACCGCUGGUCCUUCCUGCUAGCCUGCAUGGACGACCUCUCGGCCUCUCUGACGCGGCUGAACCCGACGCAGAAACUGCACGUCGUGCGGGCGCGCGCGGCGCCGGCCAAGGUUCUAGCGGCCUUGUUGCGCCACUGGAAGAUCGACGUGCUGGUCCUUGAGAAGGACCCGGAUGCGUACGCCCGGCUGAGGGAUGCGGAUGUGGCCGACGUGGCGGAGGCGCUGGGGGUGCGGGUCGUCAGUGUGCCGGGUCGGACGCUGUUCGAUAGCGAUGAGGUGGUGGAAAGGAAUGGAGGGAAGCCGACGCUGAGUAUUGCGCAGUUUGGGAGGGUGGUGGAGAAGAUUGGGGAUGGGAGACCCGGGAGGCCCGUCGAGGCGCCUACUAGGCUGCCUGAUCCUUUGGGAGGGGAGGAGAUGAGUUUGGAGGGAGUGGAGGUGGAAAUGAUUCUGGAGAAUGUGAUGGAGAAUGUGAAGUCAGGUGCAUGUGGUGAUACUGCCCAAACUACAGAUCUUCCUGCGGCGGAACCGGGUAUGGAUUAUAAUGCUGUCCAGCGGACGCUGGGUGCGCAUAGAGACACGCAGUUCUCGGGAGGGCUGAUGGGGCCGUAUGGAACGUUUUCGGUUCCGACGCUGGAAGAGAUGGGGAUGGACUGCCAGGAUGUUCAUUCUUGGUCUCAUUCUGAUCCGAAGACUGAGGCUGAGACUGGUGGAGGGAGCGGUACUGGCACUGGCACAAACACUGGCAUUUAUUUGGCCAGCGUAACAGCCAAACAACCUUCAGCACAAUCAGCACAAUCGUCAAAAGCAACGCGACCAACACCAUCAUACCACCAAGGAGGCGAAUCCGCCGGUCUCGCCCUCCUGGCCCACCAUCUCGCCGACGAAAACUACAUUGCGACUUUUGAGAAACCAAAGACUGCACCCACGGCGUUCGACCCGCCAGCGACGACGCUGCUCAGCCCACACUUGCAUUUCGGCAGCGUCUCGGUCCGACGGUUCUGGUGGGCUGUGCAGGACGUGAUUGAACGAAGACGUGCUGCAAAAGGAGCUGGGGCUGGCAAUAUUAGUCCCCAUCCGGUAAAUCUACCGGGACAGCUGUUGUUUCGCGAUAUGUAUUUCGCCGCAUAUGCUGCUGUGGGAGUGACGUUUGGACAGACGAUAGGGAAUCCGGUGGCGAGGUUCAUUCCGUGGUCGUUACCGUCACGGUAUAACAAUGAUGACAGCAACAAAUACAACAAUAGCAAAAACAACUCUGCUGUAAGCCACGGAAACACCAACAUCCCACCCACCAUCACCGCCCCUACAACAACAGGAACUUACAUCGUCAACGACCCCAUCGCCGAAGAAUACUUUCAACGCUGGAAAUACGGCUGCACUGGCUUCCCCUGGAUCGACGCACUCAUGCGUCAACUCAGACAAGAAGGCUGGAUCCACCAUCUCGGCCGCCACGCCGUCGCAUGUUUCCUCACCCGCGGCGGCUGUUAUGUCUCGUGGGAACGCGGCGCCGAAGUUUUCGAGGAGUGGUUGCUCGACCACGAGGUGGCGUGCAACGCGGGGAAUUGGAUGUGGUUGAGCUGCACGGCAUUCUUUGCGCAGUUCCAUCGCAUAUAUUCGCCGACCGCGUUUCCCAAGAAGUGGGAUCCCUCGGGACAGUUUGUGAGGCGGUAUGUUCCUGAGUUGAGGGCGUUUGGGGACAAGUUUAUUUAUGAGCCGCAUAAGGCGCCGAUUGCGGACCAGAAGAAGUGGGGAUGUUUGAUCAAGAAUGACGGGCAUGGAUUGGAGUAUUAUGUUAAGAAUGGAGGAGAAACGAACAGGGAUAAUGGAUGUGAGAACAAAAGUGGUGGUGCAGCUCUCAAACUCUAUCCCAAACCAAUGUUCGACUUCAGUGAGCGAAGACAGUUCUGCAUCGAGAAGAUGAAACAGGCAUAUGAUGUGGGAUUGCAUGGUGAUGACGAGAAAGUGCUGAAUGGCGAGUGGAAGGCGAUAUUUGGGUUCGAGGAGGAGCAUCAAGGCCAGGCAGAGUGCAAGGAAGAGGCGAAUGGACUGAUAUUAUCGACAAAGAUAGAGUCUCAACGUCGGUCUCCGCCUCGUGGCAUGGAUGCUGGAUAUGGCAUGAACCCCGGAGGUGAGUCUCGUGGAGCAGGUACCGGGAUGUCCUCUAGGUCAGAGCCGCUGGAGCCAGGACAAGAUGUUGCUCCGAAUACAGUGAGAGCGCCAAGGACAGGCACUCGAACCGUGGACCGUGAAAGGGGGUCGACUUCGGGGCCUCUUGCUGCACGAGAUGGCAUCCUGUCUCUGUCAACCUCGGCUUCAGGAACUCGCGGAGUGAAGCGUGAGAGAGGUCGAAGCAGUAACAACGUUGAGGAAAUGGGUUCGAACGGCAAACUUCAAGGGAUGAAGAACAGCCGUCUUGAUCAUACUGUGAACGAGCGUGCUGCUCAGAUAGAUCAAACCCACCCUGAGACUGAGGCAGAUGUCCAACACAACGGUCACCACAGUCCUCUCCAACGGAAAAGAAGGACGGAGGCGGCGGAGAAGAGGGCAGAAACUGGGGCAAAGGGCAAGCAGCAGACCCUCGAUUCAGUGGUGACAAGGUUGAGAUCGAGGCAGAAAUGA